ACUACCAAAAACAGGCUAAACUAUGCGAACAGCAAUGAUGGUUACGCCAGUUUACUAGUCGCCAGCGAUGUCGAUAGUGGUGCGCCAUUCAGAGUAUCAACGGCCACGAAGACGGCAGCAGCUGCAACAGCAACAGCAACAGCAAAAGCUAAAUCAACAGUGCCAAUAGCAACCACCUCAGCACCGGGUGCAGCAGUGCGCGUCAAGAAACAGUCUACCAGUUCGACAAUAACAACGACGACGACCGCGUCUAGUAGCGUGAGUGCCGACGAACACAACGAAGUGACGACAACCACAACGAAAACGGGGACGGGGACGACGACACGGGGUAGCAACGGCGGCAAAGUCACAACGUCGUCAAAAACCAGCGAUUCCAAAUUGGCCCAGAGCGGUGGUGGCAGUGUGCGCCGCGGACGCACCAGUUCACAUCAGUCGCACUAUUCGACGGACAAAAGCGGCUCGUCCGGUUACUACAGUUCGAAUGUUUGCUCCACAUAUUCACUGGACGAGCAUAUCUAUUGUGAACCGGUUAUAGAUAUCCUAGACGUGAGUGGCACUGGCACUGGCACUGGGGGUGUUGGUGUUGGAGCCGGUACUGGUAAGAGCAGCAGUAAAAGUGCAGUCAAAACAACUGUCAGCGGGAAUAGCAACAGCAAAAACACAGCGGCGCCGGCAACAACAACGGCCGCAACAACGAUGGUUCAUAGCCACGCGCGGGAUAUGAACAGCAAAGGAGGUGUGACACAGCGUUAUUAUGGACGUCGCAACGGCACGGCGGCAAGUCGAAACGGCGAAAGUGGUAUUGCUGGUUGCAGCGAGUUGGACGGUGGCGAGGACGAUUGCGAUGGUGAAGCUGGCGAUGCAACUGCAUCGGCGGCCCGAUACCCCAGCAAGGCUGGCAAUAGUUCGCAGGAUGCGCCGAAGAGCACAUUUGGCGCGGUCAGCAAAGUGCCGGCUAGCUUGCAAUUCUUAUUACAACGACAAACCUCCGAGGAAUACACAGAUUCACAAUCGCAAUAUUUCAGCGAUAAUCUGCGCAUACUCGAGACCAGCAUCGAGAAUCUCGAUCGCCAUUUGAAAAAUUUUCCAAGUCUAAGUUCGCACGAACGCAUUGCUGCCUUUGUACAGACCCAGCAUCAUCAUCAUCAUCACCACGCAUACCUGCCGAUGCCACCGCACGCGUUGGAUGCUAGCGGCGGCGAUAAGUUAGCUAGCCGUGUACCCCAACACCCGCAUCAUUAUUUGCCCACCAUUAUGGAGGGCUACGAUCCCGCCAAUCAACCGCGUCGCUCAUGGCCCGACGAUAUGGUGGACGAUUCGCUGCUCGACAUAGACCUCGACUCAUUUUUGCUAGUCAAUGAGCGCACUGCUGGCGGCAAGUUGCGCAAGCCACAGCAAUUGCGCGAUGGUGGCAUCGAUAAUCCCACUUUUCUCACCGAUGAGCAGGAGGAGGAGAAUAAUUAUAAGUGUGCAAAGUAUAUAAAUUCCUGCCCUGACGAUGCGUAUCGUGUCGAAAGUGAUAUCGUUGCUGGUACGGGCACCGUUUCGGAAAAGUCGGUUUCGGUCGCAGACCACUACAUGAAACGCUAUGAAGAUCAGCUGCACUUCCAGAACACGCGUGAGCUGCUCGAGGAUGUGCGCGACAAGAUACGUUUGCUCUCGCAGGCGAGUGGCAGCGCCGGUACGCACAGCCCCGAUGCACAUUUGAAUAAUCCUGCGGCGCCUGCGCAGCAACUGCCACAUGAGCUGGAAGGCAUGAUUAAGACGCUGAAAAACGAGUUGGAAAACUAUUUGGAUCGCAUGAACCAGCACAGCGAAUUGGAAAUACGUCAACUAUGCAGCGGGCUUGUAAGAAAUCACAAUAUCGUAAAAAUGAAGAAGGCCUUCGAGCGUCGCCGUUCGACGCACAGUCUCGGUACGAUCGAGUCGGAUUACGGUUACAUCGCCGGCAACUACGAGGCAAUCUGCGAUGGCGUGCCCGUGAGUAUACGUGAACAAAUCGCCUCGAUACGCUGCGCGAGUGAUCCGAAUUUCAAAAUGAAGCGAAAAUCCCUUACUGAGGUAUUUCCCGUCACCAAUUGUUAUGCAGAGUCGGAAACUUUGCAACGCGUAUCGUCUCAAACGUCGCUAGCGCAGCAGCAACGUCGUCCAUCGCUACCGCAUCGCGAUCGUUACACCGCAGAGCGUAGACAGCGCGAACGUGAUCAAAAUGUGAUAACCUUGCAUGUGCCCACAACGCAACUGCAACGCAAUCUCUCAUUCCAGCAGCCGGUAUUGAGUAAAUUAGAUGCGAAAACAUUAUCAGCGCCACCGGCGGAUGCCGAAAUCGGCGGUAAAGGUAAACCAAAUGGUGGCGGCUGCAAUUCGGCUGGUAAUGGUAGCGGCGCGGAAUCGGGCGAAUCAGGUGAUAAGGACUCAAUUUUGGAAUGGCAUCGAAAGAAGCCGAGCAUUUGGGAAAUGUACUAUGGUACGAAUCGCAUGAAUCAAUCGCUGUUGGGCAAGCGCAAUGCCAUGGCCGCGAACAACAGUAAUCAAGUCACAAUGUCUUAUGCAAAACAGCUUGGUAGCAAAAAUUCCAAUGUCAGCAUGUAUGCGAUUAUGCAAGAAUGA